UAUAUAUAUAGUUUUUCUUACAACACAUUUGUACCCACAAAUUUCAUUAUUAUAAAUGGUACUAUUAUAGACGUUAUAGAACUCAAUAACAAGAUCAUUGUUUUUUGCAUAAGUAUCUUACUUGCUCAUUAUUUGAAAAUGGUGACGACAAUUGAUAUAAAGCAGGUGAUACACAUGAAGGAAGGGACUGACGAAACCAGUUAUGCAAAAACAUCCUAUAUUCAGAAACAAGUGCUAUCAUUGACAAAACACAUAAAAGAGAAAGCUAUGAAAGAGUUCUAUUGCAAGAAUCAACCAGCAACCUUAUGCAUUGCAGACAUGGGGUGUUCCUCGGCAAACAGCUUGAAUGUCGUGUUCGAUCUCAUAGUCAUCGUUGACAAAGCUCGUCGAGAACUAGGAAAAGGACCCCAAGACUAUCAAAUUUACCUAAAUGAUCUCCCGGGGAACGAUUUCAACACCAUCUUUAGGUCACUAGGAAGCUUUAAAGAUAUGCUUAAGCAACACUUAGGAGAUGAUUUUGGUAGAUGUUAUAUAAAUGGGGUCCCUGGAACUUUCUAUGGCAGGCUUUUCCCUGAAAAUCAUUUACAAUUUGUCCAUUCUUCAUAUAGCCUCCAGUGGCUAUCUCAGGUACCGGAAGAUAUAAUGGACAACAAGGGGAACAUUUACAUAGCAAAGACAAGCCCAUCUAAUGUGCUUGAAGCUUACUAUAAGCAGUUUCAAAAGGACUUUUCAAUGUUUCUACAAUGUCGGUCCGAAGAAGUAGUUGAAGGAGGUAUAAUGGUGCUUACUAUAUUGGGAAGAAAAAGUAGUGAACUAUAUAGUAAGGAAUCAAGUCAUAUGUUUGAUCUUCUUGCUACUGCGCUUAAAGAUAUGGUUUCUGAGGGUUUCAUAGAUGAAGAUAAGCUAAAUACAUCUAACAUCCCUAAUUACACGCCAUCAGAGGCGGAGCUACGCUUUUUGGUGGAGAAAGAAGGAUCAUUUGUUGUAAAUCAAAUUCAUAUUUCCGAAGUUAACUGGGAAGCAGAUGAUAAUUGUGAAAAUUCUUCUAAGGCGGCUUCAUCUCAUUAUGACUUUGUCAAGUGCAUGAGAUCUGUGACUGAGCCUUUACUCAUAAAUCAUUUUGGAGAAUCCAUCAUUGAAGAGUUGUUCUUACGGUAUACUGAACUUGUUCGAGUCUCGAUGGCCAAGGAAAAGAGUGUUUUCAUCAACAUCACGUUGUGGCUGACGCGAAAGGGUUGAUUAUUCAUGGAGGAAACUUAAUUUGUUGUUGUUUCGAUCAAGGAUUUUCUACUCAAUCGUCAAUUGGUAAAGGCGGGUGUACUAUGCGCAUGGUACACCCAAAAGUACAUAC